GUCGGGAUUCAAUCAGCAGCAAACCUGCCGAAGAUGGAUGUUCUAGGAAGUUGUGACGCCUACUGCAUCCUCCAGUGGGGGGACGAUCAGAGAAAGACCAGCACAAUCAAAGGCUCGUACAAUCCCACCUGGAAUGAAGAAUUCCGGUUUUUAGUCUCCCAAGGACAAACCAGAGAUCUGGAAGUGAAGGUCAUGGACUGGGACAGGAUGACGAAAGAUGAUGAAGUUGGAAUUGUGACAAUCAGCUCAGCACAGAUU